GCUGUGGGUGUGCGAGCGCAGGGGCCGUGUGGUGCGGGAGCUGGGAUGCGGCUGCGGACGCCUGAGCCGAGGAGCAGCUCCAGGCGCGUGCUCUAGCCGGACUAGAAGAGGGGGUGGCCAGGUGGCGACAGGUUUCUCUGGGCGGGCGCGCGAUGCAGCGGGCGGCGGCGCUGGUCCGGCGGGGCUGCUACCCCCGAACCCUCGGCCCCUGGGGCCGUGGUCAGAGCAGCGCGGCCGCCGAGGCCUCGGCGGUGCUCAAGGUGCGGCCCGAGCGGAGCCGGCGCGACCGCAUCCUUACGCUCGAGUCCAUGAACCCGCAGGUGAAGGCGGUGGAGUACGCGGUGCGGGGACCCAUCGUGCUCAAGGCCGGCGAGAUCGAGCUCGAGCUGCAGAGGGGUAUCAAAAAACCAUUCACUGAGGUCAUCCGUGCCAACAUCGGGGAUGCCCAAGCCAUGGGCCAGCAGCCAAUCACCUUCCUCCGACAGGUGAUGGCACUCUGUACCUACCCAAACCUGUUGGACAGCCCCAGCUUCCCAGAAGAUGCUAAGAAACGAGCCCGGCGGAUCCUACAGGCUUGUGGCGGGAACAGCCUGGGAUCUUACAGUGCUAGCCAGGGCGUCAACUGCAUCCGUGAAGAUGUGGCUGCCUAUAUCACCAGGAGAGAUGGUGGUGUACCUGCAGACCCGGAUAACAUUUACCUGACCACUGGAGCUAGUGAUGGCAUUUCCACGAUCCUGAAGAUCCUGGUCUCCGGAGGUGGCAAGUCACGGACGGGUGUGAUGAUCCCCAUCCCGCAGUACCCUCUCUACUCGGCGGUCAUCUCUGAACUCGAUGCCAUCCAGGUGAACUAUUACCUGGAUGAGGACAACUGCUGGGCCCUGAACGUGAAUGAGCUCCGGCGGGCCGUGCGGGAGGCCAAAGAGCACUGUGACCCCAAGGUGCUGUGCAUCAUCAACCCCGGGAACCCCACAGGUCAGGUGCAGAGCAGAAAGUGCAUAGAAGACGUGAUUCACUUUGCCUGGGAGGAGAAGCUCUUUCUCCUGGCUGAUGAGGUGUACCAGGACAACGUUUACUCUCCAGACUGCAGAUUUCACUCCUUUAAGAAGGUGCUUUACGAGAUGGGGCCCGAGUACUCCAGCAACGUGGAGCUCGCCUCCUUCCACUCCACCUCCAAGGGCUACAUGGGCGAGUGUGGCUACAGAGGAGGCUACAUGGAGGUGAUCAACCUGCACCCUGAGAUCAAGGGCCAGCUGGUAAAGCUGCUCUCGGUGCGUCUGUGCCCGCCAGUGUCUGGGCAGGCUGCCAUGGACAUCGUUGUGAACCCCCCGGUGCCAGGAGAGGAAUCCUUCGAGCAGUUCAGCAGGGAGAAAGAGUCCGUCUUGGGUAAUCUGGCCAAAAAAGCUAAGCUGACAGAAGACCUGUUUAACCAAGUCCCAGGAAUUCACUGCAACCCCUUGCAGGGGGCCAUGUACGCCUUUCCUCGAAUCUUCAUCCCUGCCAAAGCCAUGGAGGCAGCUCAGGCCCAUCAGAUGGCCCCCGACAUGUUCUACUGCAUGAAGCUUCUGGAGGAGACGGGCAUCUGUGUCGUGCCUGGCAGCGGCUUUGGGCAGAGGGAGGGCACCUACCACUUCAGAAUGACCAUUCUUCCUCCGGUGGAGAAACUAAAGACGGUUCUACAGAAGGUGAAGGACUUUCACAUAAAGUUCCUGGAGAAGUACGCGUGAGGACUCCUCAGGCCCCAGAGGGAGACCUGGCCCUCAGCCUUCCUCCUGAUGCCCACCCAGCCCAGACUGGAUUCGCCCCCCCACCCCCAGCGACUCCGCCUCAGGCCUUACGAAGGCCACUGGUCGCUUUCAUCGUCAUUUUGCCCCAGGAGACUUCUUUCUUUGUGCCUUGAUGUCGAGAGCACCUCUCUUCUGAGCAAAUGUGAAUUGGGGUUGUCUCAGAAACCCUGUUUUUUGAUGCAGCCAAAGUAGAGGGGACUUGCUCAGCGUAUGUGGUGGUGUUCUCUGAAUCUGUUGUUGUUGCUUUUGGAAAAGUCUUUUGGGGUUGAAACAACCAGGGUGUGUUGGGUAAGCUGUUUCAGAUCUGGAGAAACAAGGUGUCAGGAAAUGUAUAACUUAACCGUGAUGAGGACUGGAAGUCCCAAACUCACCACCAUGAUCUGUGAAAUAAAACCCAUAGCGGUGUGAAUAUCUAGUCCUUCAAACAGGAGAGCCUAGAGUCCACUGGAGGCUCAGAGAGGGCCCACCCUUCUAACCUGGAGGCAGGCAGCCUGCUUUCAGACAAGAAUGGUAAGGGCAGCAGUGCAUGGGGCUGGACCGCAUGCCAGACUAGGUGGUGGCGGGAACCGGGGGCUGUGGCCAAGGUCAGAGGGUCCUGCAGGGAAGGAGUGGGUGCGAGCCAGGCUCCGAUUUGAACCGGGCCUCCAAAUGGGAGCACACAGCAGGUAGUGAGGACUCUGCAUACACGAGGGCUUUGGGUGAAGGGUUCUCUUGGGCACGCUUAGGCUGGGACGCCCGUCCAGGGGUCUCCCUGGACUCCAGGGGCACAGGGGUCAGCCCAGCAAUAUCCCAGUCACGUAGAGGGAUUCUGCCUGGUGGUGUGUGGAUCCAUCCCACUGUUACCCAACAAACAAGCAGUCUCACCCAAGGGCUUGAGUGAGCCUUUAGGUGAUAGUAGGGCAAGGAAACACUGAAAAUGUCCUAGUGAGGGAGGGGUAUCCUUAAGGACAUGAAGACAGUUAAACCACACCCCCUUCCCAUAGUGUUUGUUGAGUUGUUUCAAGCAGAAGUUGGUCCAUUUCCUAGCUCUUAAUUGGUCAAAGUGCCUGGUAGCGUGGCUGCUGUGUACAUGUGAUCCGAUUCAAAGUUUAUAGAAGUAUUUUACCUUAUAUGCAAAGUGUUUUGCCUCCACAUCUGCUUCUGGCUCCCCUCCCAGACUCUGCAGACUGUCCUGUAGCAUCAGUCAUCUCUCAGGGCGGUGGAGGGGUGGGGGGGAGUUGGGGGAUCAUCCACCAAGUGCACAGUUUCCCUGGUAUGAGCAAACCUGGGUGCAGGGCCCAACCCGUGCUCCCAGAAAGUGGUCACUACGGGUGGCAGCAGGCUGCCCUCUUCUCCUACUGUGGGCCUUCCCUGGUGGGCGGUUAGGGAAGCCAAGGCCAGCUCAGGAGUCUGGGGAUCCAGCAAGUCCCAAAGUGGAAUUGAAGGGACUGGAGAGAAAUCUGAAAAGGCUAAAGGAGUGAGCUUUGAAAGCAGCCUCCCGUGCUAUAAUUCCCAUGCCGCGUCCAUGCAGGGGAUGCAAUAGGAAACUUCAAACUGUCCUUACCCACUAGCAUUACAGUCCCUAUAAAGAAAGUAGCCACAAUCUCAAAUAACAAAGGGAAUGUUUGGGGACUUUUUCUUCCUUAAAAAUUUGAGAAAAUUGCACUUGUGCUUGUUGAUGGUAUAAAAGCCAGGAUGUGUCCCAGAGUUGUGAGAUUUCUGGUGGAAAGGUUAAAUAGUAGAAGCUAGUAUAUUUUUUAUAUUUUUGUAACAAUUGCUUUUUUCAUGGGGGGUGGGAUAGGGUUAGUAUUUGUAGUUUUAACAAGUCCAGUAGUUUUUUUUAUAAAUCUCUUCAGAUUAUAAAUAACCCCUAAAAACUUUGCAAUGUUUACAUGAUUUUUUUAAAAAGAUGUCAUAUACACUUGGUUUGGUUUUAAAAUAAAUGAGUAAAAACUUAAUAAGGUCAGCUGGUUUAGGAGGUUAACUUCAUUCAGGUAGGAGCGCUGAUCAUGAUAGAUUUGAGUUUCUGCAGAUUCUGAUGUCUUGUUUGGGCACCACCAGAGUAAGUUGUUUGUCAUUUGGGGUCGCACUUUAAAUCCGCACUUGUAGAGUUUUCUGCUGUUCAUCUAGAUCUGCAUGUGGGGAUGAUGGGCUAUACCUUGUGGGUCCAUCACCUUGCACUUUGAGUCCGGACUGGUUGUCCCCAUGUUUGCAUGGAUUUGCAGGAAGAGCUGACAGGCCUGCCUGUCCGUUUUCCAUCCUGGAUUCUCGUAGGCAUCUCCUGACAAAGGUACUUCAUGAUAAGCUCUGGUGGAAAUUUCUGAACAAUAAAAUAUAUGUCCAAA